CUUGAUUUUUUUAUUUUUUUUUGCGCCAGUUUCUGAGGAGAGGCCUUUUAAAUGUGUUUGUUUAUUGGUUUUACCAAGCUUAAUUAAAGCUAACCGUCCAGAAACGCUAGGAAUCGGGCGAUGCCUGUGACAGUGGGAUCAUAUGGCCAGUCCCAGCCCAGUUGUUUUGACAGAGUAAAAAUGGGCUUCAUGAUGGGCUUUGCUGUUGGCAUGGCAGCAGGUGCACUAUUUGGCACGUUUUCUUGUGUCAGGCUUGGCAUGAGAGGACGAGAACUGAUGGGUGGCGUUGGCAAAACCAUGAUGCAGAGUGGUGGAACGUUUGGGACAUUUAUGGCUAUUGGCAUGGGAAUCCGCUGUUAACUUGAAUUUCUUUUAUUCUUUUUUACCAUGAAGACUAAUGCCCCUGUUACUCCAGAUCCUGCUAUGUAAAAUAAUAAAACUUUGUAUCAGGAAAAGAUAAAAGUAUCUCAGCCCUUUUUGCUGUAUUGAUUUGCUAUUAUUUCUCUUAGCAAUCAUUUUCUACAAUAAACUCUGGAUGUGAGCAUAA